UCCAGAGGCGUGGCCACCGUCCAGUUCCAGAGCCUCGGGGUCGAGGCGGGGUCGAUCCAAUCCCCCUCUGCGUGCUUGCGCAUCCCUGGUUGUCACCUCUCCGUACCCGAAGUAAGAGGCUAUCCCAGGUCCCUGCCCCUCCCUCUGGAAGGACCACCCUCUGAGCGCCUCUGGUGGUGUCCUGACCCCGGCAUCCAGGCCGCCGAUCGGAGGGUGACAGAAGAGCUGCCCGGCGGGCGAGGGGAAGAGGGAAAGUAGCCAGCCAUGUCGAGCGCGAUGUAUAAUAAGAUGUGGCAUCAGACCCAAGAAGCCCUCGGUUCUUUGCUCAAUAAAGAGUCUCAGAAGGUAAUAGAACCACAGAGAAAUCAAGCUUUCAUCUUCCAGACGUUAGCCACCUUCUACAUAAAAUAUGUGCAGAUCUUCAGAAACCUGGAGAACGUCUAUGACCAGAUUGUCCACCCGCAGAAACGAAUACUGAUCCGAAAAAUACUGGAUGGAGUGAUGGGUCGCAUUCUGGAACUGAAGAAUGAAAUGGUUGAACUGGAAUUAACCGAGUUCCAUUAUUUUGAUGACAUCUUACAGGAUCUGAAGUUGGCUCCCCAACAAUUAGAUAUUCCCAUCCCCAAGUAUUUUUUGAAGGAGAAAUUGGAAGUAAUAAAAGGAAGAGAGAAAAUCCUUGCUCAAAUAUUAGCCGACACGGGACUGGAAAUAUCUAACAUGACACGCCCCGUAAAGGGUAUCUCCCUAGAAGAGUCAGUUAAAUUAAUCCAGGUCGCGGAGAGGGCACGGCAGGGCUGCCUGAGAGCAAUGUUCAUGAAGCAGAUCUUCCUUCGAGAACAGAGAGCCAAGCACGCCAGGGUCCUCGGCGACAAGAUAACAGACGUGACGACUGCUGCACUGCACAUCCAGAAGGUUUGGCGAGGUUUCCACCAGUGUAAGAAAACCGAGAGACAGAGAGAAGAGGAAAUGGUAUUCCUGGGGAUGAACCCACCUCCUAUGUUUAAUGAAGUCAGCGCUACCAUAACCCAGGCUACAAAAGUGACCUGCCUGCGGAAUGAGAUGCAGCUAAAGCAUGAGGAGCACUACAGAGAAGCCUUGGUGACAAUCAAGGGUGACCUGAAGUUAAUAGAAGGUCCAGACAUCAAGGAGAACCUUCAAGACCAGAUCCGGCGCUGGUUCAUCGAAUGCAGGAACUUAACGGGCGCCUUUCCCGACUACCCUGAUGUCGAAGAAGGGGGUUCAGCUAUUAUUUUUUCUAACAAGACCCCACAACAGGUUAUUGAUGAUAUUAUUGCACACCAAGAAGAUGAGGAAAAAAACAAAAGGAAGAAAAAGGAAAAGAAAGCCAAAAAAGGAAAAGAAAAAGGAAAAGAAAAAGGGAAGAAAGGCAAAAAAGAGAAAAGACAGAAAGCUAAGGAUCUGACGGCUGACAGGUCCAUUGAGUCUCUGUUUAAGGAGCUGGUGGAGGAAGAGCUGCUGAUCCAGCCUCUGAAAGUCAACCUCUCUGAUUACAUCGGUGAGUACAGCUACCUGGGGACCACUCUUCGCCAGGUAGCCAUAGAGCCCAUGCCUUCCCUCAUGGAUGUCAGACAGCUCAUCGCCCUGUACGGGAUCUUGCCACUAGGUUCCGCAGCAGUGCACGAGAAGGCUCCUUUCGUGAGGUCCCUGCUGCUGGCCGGGCCGUCGGGGGUAGGGAAGAACAUGCUGGUGCAUGCCAUCUGUACCGAAACGGGAGCCAACCUCUUCAACUUGUCCUCAGCUAACAUCGCCGGGAAGUACCCGGGCAAAAGCGGCCUCCAAAUGAUGCUGCAUAUGGUCCUCAAGAUGGAGCCUAAACGCCUGAAGAAACAGCUUCCAAAAAUCCUGAAACUCCUGAAACCAAACGACAGGAUUCUGAUUGUGGGGACCACACACCGUCCUUUCGAUGCCGAACUUCAAUCUUUUUGCAGAGUUUACCAAAAAAUUAUCUUGGUUCCCAGACCAGACUAUGCUUCCAGAUAUGUUCUGUGGAAGCAGAUCAUUCAGCGCAGAGGGGGAGUCAUUACCAACGCCUUGAACGUGAGCUGUCUGGCAAAGGUCACCGAUGGCUUCACCCAGGGACACAUCGUGGAGGCGAUCAGAGGCGUGCUCACAGACCGGAGGGUCCGGCAGCAGACUCGCAAGCCGCUGGUCGCCCUGGAGUUUGUUGUGGCUCUAAGCAGCAUGAGUCCAGUGUACCUGGAGGAAGAAGACAGCUUUAAGGACUGGUAUGCCAAAACCCCUAUGGGUAAAAAGCGCAACUUGGCAUUAACAGAAGGGAGCACAGGAAAGGAAAGAGAUAAGGGGGAAAAGAAGGAAAAGAAAGGGGAAAAGGAGAAAAAGAAAAAGUAAUGCUUUUCUGAGGAGCCGCCCUUGAGUCUCCCUCGGGGAUGGAGAUGGCGCGCGUCUCCAGGGAACACUGGUGAAUGGCGCCUGUCUGAAGAAGACCCAAGCGGAUGCCACCAGCUCCUCAGCCUCGGAGUUCGCUCGGCUAGACCUUUGUAGGCCCUACACCAAGUUAGUUUUCCAUACCAUUUGUUUCUAGAACUUGUAAUUGUUUCUUAAUCUAUGUAAAGUUUGUACAUACCUGAAAUUCACACACUGCACAAUCUUUCCAAGUUCGAUAAGUCAUCUCCUCUGUCCUAGUUGCUGAAUUUAAAACUUGAUAGUUAGAAGACUCUUGUUAGACAACUAGUAAGUGACUUGAGUCUAUCGCCAGCACACUAGCUUUUUACUAACCCAUAUAUACUGUAUAUUAUCUUGCACAUAUUUUAAUAAAUUAAUUCUUCGCUCUAUUAAUGUAUUUUAUAUAAGGGAAUAAAAUUCUGUUGUCCUUGAACUGGCUCAGUAAUUUGGUUCCUGGAGCUAAAAGAGACCUUGAAAAUGAACUGCAUCCAUCUUCUGGCUUUGAAGAUGCGGAAACGAAGGCCCAGAGUCAAACAGAUAAUAUUGGGAACAUUGGGACCGAAGUCAUUGCCUCUUAAUUCCCAGUCCUCUGCUCAUACAAAGCAUGGGGACAUUGGCAGGCCAAUGGCUGGAUGAAAGCUAGAACAGAAAAAUAGAGUAAAUAUGGAGAAGAGAAUGCCUAAAGGAAGAAGAAAUGCUAAAUAAGAGAAUGAUUAAAGAAUGGAAAAGUAAGAGUCAAAAGAGAAAUUAAAAUUUUGUGUGACUAUGGAAGGUUAUUUGGUGGAAGAUAGUCAGCAACCCACUUCUAAAUCAUGGGGAGGACACAUUUGGAGAAAGGAGGCUUCAACGGAGGUGGGAUGAAUUUAAUUUCAAAUUUAUGACCACCCUAUCUGACAGUAAAAUUUUUGUUAUACCACAGAAAGGUGUACAGCCUCCUACUCUGUAAAGAUCUCAGGAUUAUCCCAGGAUGCCCAGGAGGCCGGCUCUUCAAUGCCCAGAACACCAGUGGUCCCCAGGUGUCCCCUGGCCACCAGCACUACCCCUGAGCCAGUGUCUGUGCAAGAGACCAGCACAAAUUAGGCCGUAGGCCCACAUUCUCUGAGCACGUUCUGAGCACACCAGAAAACCUUCCCCCUGAGUCUGUCCUCUUGAACAAGCCCCACUUUCCAAGCGCCCUGCCUUAGACUUGCCUUCUCAUACCAAAGGACCCCCAAUUUCCAGAAGGUGGGCCUGAACUCCCCUUACCCAUGUCACACUGUGUCUGGCCAAUACCCAGAGUGGCCUAAGACAUAACCAAACCCCCUACCCUAACCUUAGAGAGCAGUUUAUUCUUUCCUGGACAUUUGCACCGAGAUCCUUUCUAUCACAUAUCAGGGGAAACAGACCCUUGGUUAUGACUCAAGAAGAGAACAUUCAAGACUCUAGAAUUUGAUGUUCAUUGAAAAAUUAUAGGAUCUGGAUUGUAAGGAAAUGAAUAUUAUGAUUGUAAAGAAAUGGACAUUAUGAAAAUGUUAAAAGUGGACAAUACCAUUGAACGUGGUUCCAGUUUAACGACAAGUGUACUUUUUCAGAACUCAUACAAAUCUGUUGUCAAAGCUUAAUAAACAACUAAUAAAUAACAACAGGAAUUCAACCGAUAUAGGUGCUUUACAGCAGUCCCACCCGAUAGAACUUCGUGCAGUGAUGGAAAUGGUGUAGAUCUGUGCUC